GACAGAAAGCGCGAUCAACUGGAUAUUUGACAUGAUGAAUACUCGAUCGCUUAGGCCAUACGGUCAUGGCGCUACCUGCAGGUUCCCGAGGACAUUGUGCAAAGCAUUUUGUCCAGUCAAGAAUCGGACAUGCCGUCUACCCUCCACGAUAGUCCUUGCUGCUAAAGGCUCAAAAAACACAGCUUCCAAGGGCUUCGGUGCCCCAAAGCAACAGCCCGCUAAGGGAAUUGCUUCAGAUGCAGUUUGCCCUUGUGGCAGCGGAGCUGUGUACGAGGCCUGCUGCCUGCCGUACCACCAGGGCCCUGCCGUACCUCCCACGCCGGAGGCCCUCCUCCGCUCUCGCUACAGCGCUUACGUGGCUAAGGAGCCUGCGUUCAUCGCCGACACCACCCACCCUGACUCCCCUGAGUACACAGGCUCCCGGGCCUCCUACAUGGGCACCGUCAAGCAGACCAUGAGGCGACUGGACCCCUUACAGCUUACCCUGCUGGGCAGUGAACCGGGCACCAGCCAGGAUGAGGCGUUCAUUACCUUUAGGCUCAAGAGGAGGGUUCGGGAUCCGGAGGCCCCGAAGGGUGCUGCGGCCGAGGUUGACGAACUGACGGAGCGCAGCCGGUUCAUCCGCGUCAAGGCUCGCUGGAUGUACCUGGACAGCCAGUUUAUAGAGGAGGAGGAACAGGAGCAGCAGGGGAAGGAGAAAGACAAGAAGGCGGUCGUGACAGGGGCGGGAGAUGCUCAGCCCGGGGCACCGCCUAAGAAAAAGGGCCUCUUCAACUUGUUCUAGGAUUAUGACGGACUUGACAAGGCUCUGGGAACUGGCACCUGCACCCGUCUUAUUGCAUUUUUCUUCGCCGUUUCCGGUUGGGCAGGAAUGCGAGGUGCUGUUGUCCGUUGGAAAGUGCGACAUCCACGGCAGUCAAUUACGCUGUUGUACACGACGAAACAUAGAUUUCCACGGAGGCCACGAUAUGGCCAUUUUGCGAUCUCAAUCCAGGACUAGAAAGAAGAUAACGCGUCGUCCACCACCUCGGAUUUAUUUUGUUUUAUGUUCAUUUGUUUAUUUGCGCCCGGCGGCUGCACUCGCAACUUAAGGAAAGCAGAUGAGAGGGGAUGCGGAAACGUAGAUGGCGCUGUGCGGGAGCGUCGGGAACAGCAGCAGCCUCGACCCAACCAUAGGACUUACGUAAUAUUUUCUGGGGGGGGCUCUUCGGGUUCGGAACCUCCAAGGCCGCCUCUGCAAAGGUGUGUUUUGCCUGUGUCACUGGCAAAGCUAUGUGGAGAAGCACCCGCGCACACACUGUUUUGUUUUGUUAACCGG